ACAGCCAGUCAAGCUCGCGAGGCUGCUGCUGCUACUGUAAUACAUCUUUUUGAUUACACCGAAUUCAUAUCGCUAACGGGCGGCUCUAAUUCACCAUUCACACGCUUUCAACAACGACCAAGACACACGGCGAGGACAACAGAGCUGCCAAGCCAAGCGAGGAGAGAGAGACAUAGAGCACAGUACAGUACAGCACAGUACAGUACAGCACAGCAGCAUGGCGGUGACCAUGUGCCAGGUGAUGGGCUUCGUGCUGGGCGUGCUGGGGGUGGCGGGCAUCAUCGCGGCCACCGCCAUGGACCCCUGGAGCACGCAGGACCUGUACGACACCACGGUCACGGCCGUCUACACCUACUCGGGCCUGUGGAGGAGCUGCGUGCGGCAGAGCUCCGGGCUCACCGAGUGCCGGCCAUACUUCACCAUCCUAGGACUGCCAGGUCUGUUCCAGGCUACUAGGGCUCUGAUGAUUGUGGGGAUCGUGCUGGGGGUGAUCGGUGCUUUAAUUUCCAUCUUGGCGCUCAAGUGUAUCAGGAUGGGGAGCAUGGACGACAACAUCAAAGCCACCAUGACAUUAACCUCCGGAGUUCUGUUCGUUCUUUCUGGAAUCUGUGCCAUCGCUGGAGUGUCCAUCUUUGCCAACCUGAUCGUGGUCAACUUCAACUUCACCACCUACUACUCCCCGCAGCUUGGGGAGUCGGGGAUGUUUGGAGGGGCAGGAGGAGGUGGCUUUAGCCCCAUCACCCCACGGUACACGUUUGGGUCGGCGCUGUUUGUGGGCUGGUGUGGCGGAGCGGUGCUGGUGAUUGGAGGAAUCAUCAUGAGCCUGGCCUGCAGAGGGAUGAUGCCCCAGCAGAACGAACCCUACAAGGCUGGCUACAGAGUCCCCUCCCACAGCGCGGUCUACAAGUCAGAAGGGAGGCCCCGCACCGUCUACGACGAGUCUUACCGGGCACACAGCACGACCGGGGGACACACCAAGUUUGACUACGUUUGAUACGGCUCUAGGAUACGUAGGCCUACUGUACGUGUGCUUCACUGUAAGAUGUGAAUGCCGAAGUGUGUACAUACACACAUUUUCCAAUGAAUCAACGAGGGGGAGGGGGGGUAUCACAAUUGCAUUACUGUACGCACGGGUUGUUGAUAUUGUACGAAAGAAGAUAGAUAAGGAUGGUGACAAAUGUUUUUUGUUCUUGUAAUUGUGUUUUCUUUGGCUUGUUUACUUUUUUGUACUUUGUAUUUUUUGUCAUGAAGGAUUUUCUUCUGCCAAUGUAUUACAAUAUAAUAUUCUGGCCGAUAUAUAGGUACGUAGAUAAGAUAUACUUUAACACUUUAAUACUUUACAAUAACUACCCAAAAAAACUUUAUAAACACUUUAUAAAUAAUUAACUAAUUAUCAACAAAAUGUUUAUAAAUGUUUAUAAAUGGGCAAGAAAUACUAUGUUAACACAACAGCACAGCACAGUCUUAUCGGUCCUGGAAGUUUAUCCUCCAAAGACCAGAAGGCAUGAAACCACUUAAAACUCACACAGUAGAAGUUGAUUGCCACUCCACUGUGCUGUUGUAGUUUGGUUCUUACUCAUUUACAAACAUUUGUAAAUGCUUUGUUAAAUGUUAAUCAAAAUUAAAUGUUAAUGACGUGUUUAUUAAGCUUUUUUGGGUAGUUAUUGUAAAGUGUUACCGAUAUGCAUUAUGUGAAUAUCUCAACAUUGUAUCUUUAACAUGAAAAUAAUUUCCAUUUACUGUCUGAAGGUGUGUACACCACUUUUGUUCAUUGACGAUAUUUUUGUAAAUGUAAAUAGUUUUGUUGGCUCUGUGCUUUCAUGAACUGGUAGAGCUGGAGGCACAGCACCUCCAAGGCCUGAUGUGUUAAAACCAGGGCUUUGAACCAGUUCAAGGAACGAAAACGAAAACCAGGAACUUUUUGUAUUUUACAGGGAACAGAAACGAAACCGGAAACUUUAUUAUUUUUUAUGUUCUGGAACGGGAACACUUAUUUAAAAAUAAUGGUAACCGAUUAAUACCGGUUAAUACCGUUCCUCAAAUAAAAUUGAAAAAAGUAACUAUUUUCCUGUGCACGUUACCAUGGAAGAUUCACGUCCUGUGUGACAUCAGACAUUCUCUGACUGAAUGAAGAGAGAGCUGUGGAUUACAAAGUCUCCACUCCGCAUCUUAAAUAAGACAAACCACUGUCAUACAUUUCCAUUGCAUCAUUGUAAGACAUUGCAGAGGAGCGUGUGUAAAGCACACCGAGAAUGUUCUACGUUAUUGGGCAUCCAUGGCCGCUUCAAAUAUGCACAAACUCAAAAUGUCCAUCAUAGCGCUCCCUGUGACCCAAGUCAGCGUGAAGCGUGCAUUUUCAUCAUUGAGGUUUAUUCUCCGCUUCUCCGAUUAGGUCGUCCCUGAAUGACAAAAUUCUGGAGUAUAUUCUUUUCAUCCACUUGAAUGAACAGUUUGGAAUGUAGCUGACUCAUUUGCACUUCCGUCUUUCUUGGUUAAUUAACGUCAGUUAGGCCUAUAGGGAAUAAUCAGCUGACAGGAACGAAAUGAACCGUUCCGGGAACAAUAUUUUUUUGUUCUAACCGGUUCGGGAACGUCAAUUUAUUGGUGGAACUCAUAACCGGAAACGUUAUAAUUCCGUUUCUGUUCGGAACGGAACGUUUGGAAAAAAAUAACGGUUCAAAGCCCUGGUUAAAACGCCCGUUUGACAUGAGGUUGUUUUUAGCUAGCCUGGCUCUCAAGCAGACCCUCUGUGCAUUUCCGCUCAACUUUGUGAGCUCGCACGAGGGUCUGGAAAUCUUAGACGAGCCCGAACGGAAUUUCACAGCCUGUCCAAUCAGAAUCGCGGGGCAGGAUCUGCAUAUACAAGUCAGUGGUUUGAAGUAGUACGUGAUUCAGAAAAAAGCCAUGUGAAUUCUCCAAUCAGGUUGGAGCUGUUUUGAACACACCCACGCCUUUCCAGAGCUAAGCGAUUGACAAUGUUCCAGAUGGUUGGUAACAACCAUCGUGUGAGAGCCAGGUUAGUUUUCAGCCCCCUGGGCACCCAAACACUCACGUCAAGUCACACUGCUGUGGAAAUGUCAUCAUUAGCAUCCCAGAAACGAACAAUGGAAGAGGUAUAGGCAUAUGGCACAAGAGAGUAUGGACACAUUCACAUACCACAUUUUAGUGUGCUUGUUUUUAAUUAUGUCUGUAUGCCUUCAAUCAGGUGUGCCAUAUACCCGGACAAAAAUAAACAUUUGGAAUUGUUUUGUAACUGUACAUACAAAUAUCACAAUAAAUUUGAAACUUGAACUUGAAAAGAAAUGGUUAUCUGAUUAACUCUACCUGUGUACAGUUGUGUAGUAGCACAAUGUGUUUUGGUUGAAUGAUAAUAAGGCUGUUAGCCAGAAGCAUCAGCCGGUUUCAAUCAGUAGUGGUAGGCUAACAUACGGAAAAGAAAAUCAUAGCGAGUUUAUUUUUCUAGUAUCAAGUAAAAAGGCAUCUAGUUAAUCUUAGUCUAAAGGUGCCGGUAUGCUUGCUGCAAGAUACGCGAGCGCGUGCACGAUUCGUUCAUGAACGUGUUAACAUGCGUAUUUAAUGUCAAUUUCGCGCGCGUUGGACACGGCAGCCAAAUGCGUGCGUCAGGUGCAAUAUCUUCAAACUCGCUGGGGCCGAUCGUGAUAGACUGCGCAGUUCCACGCGUGUGCUUGAUAUGAAAACGACAAUGGCAGUUAACUUUUAAGAGUGUCUCGUUGAGUUUGUCCGAAAUUUCAAACAUUUGUGAUCACACUUCCUUGUUGCACUUUGAAAAAGGAGCAUGCACAUACAGGAGUAGUAGCAGUAUUCUUUCCUUGCCCAGGGAGCCCAUCUUUUUGUUUUGUUGUUUUCCUUGCCAUCUGUGUUCCCAAUUUCCGCAUCCCAAUGCUGCGUGCUCUCUGCCCCCUGGAUGAUACCGCCAGUAUUUUGCGUUUUGCAUGUACAGUAAGCAAAAGUAGCCAAUCCGUUGCACUGAAGGACAUGUUGGACGUCUUUGACCCAAUCCCAUCCCAAUACAUAAUGUUUUAGUGUGGUAUAUUAGUGAUGUCACUGCUUUUAGUGAGUAACAUUUGUAAGGACAUACAUUGUCCAUGUUUUAAUGUGUGUGAUUAUUUGAUAGUUUCCUGCUCAGGGACCCCGGAUGCAAAUUAGCUUUGUAGCUAACUCUGGUACUGGAGUUGUCCUGUACAUGGCCCCUGUCAAAUAAACUAAACUAAACAACUAAACUAAACUAAAUUGCCGGUAGUGGGUGGAGGCGUUUUACUGGUGACCCAGUCAUUGUCCGACUCCAUCAGCGCUGACCACAGCUUGGUUUCACAUAGGCUAGUAGCUGCAGUCUGCUGUCACCAUCGAAAGAUUUUGGUCUGCUAUUUCUCACUGAUAUAAAAACAUUUGUAAAUGUUUUGAUACUAAUAAUAUAAUAACUAAUAAACUAAAACAUAUUCAUGCAGUGUUUAUAAAGCUUUUAAGGGGCCAUAACCAUUGAUGGAGUAUCGCCAUUGUCAAAGUGAAAUGGCACUAAGUGGUGGUAGCGAGUGGAGGCACAAGGUGGUGGCAGUCAGGAUAAAGGGCUGGAAAACCCUGAGCAAAUAUGGCCAUUCGAUAACUAGAAGAUAUACUUAUGAUAUAUCCACACCUUAGUCUGAUUAAGUAAACUGUAACUGUGUAAGUGAACUGUAGCCUUCCUCUACUGUGAUCUCAGGUGGGGUGGGGAGGUCUUGAUUACCGGGGAUUCCUGUUUCACACCUUGUUUGCCUUUGUGUUGUGCUUGUUGGGUUUCCCUGCCGUUAAGCAGCUUCGAGUGGCUUUCUGGGGCAUUUCCUUUUCAGUAUACCAAUGUAAAAGAAACCCUUGAGUAUUUGUGAUUAUCUUCUGUAAAGAUAUUGAAUAAAAA